AUGGCAUCGCAACUAGCCCGCGUCGGCGAGGCCGAAUCGGCGCCGCUAUGGGUAAAUCGCAUCAGGACCCUCGGGCCGCAGGCCUCCGGGCGCCCCGCCAGGGAGCUGCUGGAGCAGUGGAAGGUCCACCCACACCUAGUACGCCUGCUAGAGGCGCACAACAUCACGCAGCUGUUCGCAGUGCAGGAGAAAGUCAUCCCCAUGCUCUUGCGCGGUGAUGCGCUCGAUGGCCUCUCCGCCGCGGCGUCCGACCUCGUGAUCACCGCGCCCACUGGGCAGGGCAAAACGCUGUGCUACCUGCUGCCGAUCGUUAAUAGCAUAGUACAGACCAAUAGAGUGGGAUUCGCCGCGAUGGUGCUGGCUCCCACCAGGGAGCUGGUGAAACAGAUCCACGACAUAUGCGCGUGGUUCGUCGACGACGACCCUGCGACGUACGACCUGAGGGGCGGGGAGCUGCUGAGGGUGCACUCCUGCCACGGGAACACGUCGUUCAUCGAGGACCACACCUACCUGCUGGACAAGCGGCCGCAGAUCGUCGUGUUCACGCCCGGGCGGUUCGUGGAGCACUACAUGCACCGGGAAACGGCCUACGACAAGACGCUGGACUUCACGACGCUGAAGUGGAUCAUCAUCGACGAGGUGGACCUGCUGCUGUCGCAGAGCUUCUACAACUGGACUGCGGCCGUCGUGGCCAUAUCGAAGCAGUGCCAAGUGCAGGACCGGAGUGCUUCGGAUAACGUGUUUGCGCGGCACCGGCCGCAAAAAAUUCUUGUCUCGGCCACCAUCCCCAGCAAGUCCGCGGAGAUCGACCUGCUGCAGCUGCACAGGCCGCUCCUGCUGAAGGGCGCCGAGACGCUGUACAGCCUGCCCGCGAACCUCACGCAGAAGUUCGUGAAGACCACGAGGAGCAAGAAGGAGCUGGUGCUGGUCGCCCUGGUGUGCCGCCUGCUCAGCAGCGCGGUGCCCGGGGAGAAGACCAUCGUGUUCUGCUCGUUUAAGGAUACGGCUCACGCCACCGCGCGCACGCUCGAGGUUUUCUCGCUGUACACGCAGUCGAACCUCAAGAUUCUGGAACUGAGCGCCAGGCAGUCGCAGAAGCAGCGUGAAAGCGUGCUGCAGCGCUUCCAGGGCAACGACACGAUGUGCCUCGUGUGCUCCGACGUGGGCUCGCGCGGCAUGAACUUCGCCAACACGCGCAACAUCAUCAACUACGACUUCCCCAAGUCGGUCACGACGUACGUCCACCGCAUCGGGCGAACCGCACGCGCCAACGACAGCGGCACCUCGUACGUCAUCGUCUCCGGCAAGGACGACGAAAGGUUCAGCGAGUUCAAGGCCGAGCUCAGGCUGGCCGAUGAGGACAUCGAGCAGGUGUCCCCGAGCCAGCUUUGGGACGAGGAGCUCAAAGAGGUCCUGGAGCAGGUCAAGCCGAUGGUGUCCAGGUGCCUGGAGCUGGAGGACUCCGGGAGCCUGGCGCACGACGCCCCGCUGCCGUCGACGUGGAUGUCGCUCCUGCGGCCGGCGCCGGAAGAAUCAACCUAG